AUGGGAGCCUCAUUGAGCUCGCAAGCUGCGAGUUGCUGCUGCGUAACCAACCGGAGGGCCAUUUUUGCACCCCAUCAUGGCCCAGCUCCGGCCGAGGCCGGGCCAGUUCCAGCCGAGGCUCCGACAGUUCCGGCCACACCUUGUCCUUUAGACCUGGUGUUCACGCUGAGGGAGGGCCCGGCGGUGGUGGCCAGCACGGAUGACAUCAGCUUCCGCGGGCACAUCCAGGAUAAGGCUACAUCAUGUUACAUCUCCUUCCCGGGCAAGUUCAAGAGUGGCUGGGACGCCCUCGUGCAGGAGCUGCAUGGCGAAAGCGUGGCCUGCGUGUUUCUCUGCACAGCGGAGGAUGGGCUGGGAAAGCAUUCCGACGACCCCGAAGAUCCCGGGGCGCCGUGCUUCUGUCGCAGGAUCUAUGGGCUCCGCGACUACCUGACGUUCGGCUACUACUUUGAAGUGCCGCCUUGCACAGAGGAGGAGAUGGCCAAGCACCGCAAGAAGGCGGCGGCCAUGAACGCCAUCGUCGUGCGGAGCGACGCCAGUGUCGCGGAGAAGGACGAGGCCAAGCGCCAGGCCGAGCUGAAUUGGGCCGAGUGCAACCAAGCGGCAGCGUGGGGCUGUGCUUGGUAUGUUGCGUGGCUCGGCCGCGUGAUGGAGGCGGUUGAGAAGAAGCAGCGCCUGAAGAUCGUUUAUUUCCCUGGGCAAGUCGGGAAGGGCAAGCUGACAAUGGAACAGCUGGCAGACGCGGAUCUUUGGGAUGGAACUGGCUGCGGAGGAUCCCAGAAGUGCGAGAUCGCGACCGUGGACUUGAUGAAGCAGAAGUACGGGGCAGUCUGGGAGUAUGACGAAGUGGAUGUCACAGACUUCCUGCACUACGAGUUCCAGAAAGAAGGUGUCGUCGAUGCUCGAAGAGGGAUGUCUUGGCAGAGAGGCGUACUUGUUCAGGUUCCUGACGGGAAGACCUCGAGAUGGAGGGUGCGAUGCCAGGAGACAUCGGAGGAGUUUGACACCGAUCAUGUCCGCCAGGUCGCCGACACCUUUGACCAGUUGAUCCGGGCCAUUGGCUGCAACGUCCUUCAGCAAGUCCAUCAGAUGGCCAAGGAGAAGGAACAGGUCAACGAAGAUAUACGGCGCUUGUCUCACCUCGUUCCAGAGUGUGGCACCACAGUCCCCGAGCUGGUGCAAAGCCAAGGAAUCCAGAAAGCUAUUGAUUUUUUCUUUGACCAAAUGACACCAACGCCAUUCUUCACGGACUUGUAUGUCAAGUUACGCGAACUCAAAGCUCUGGAAGAUCAGAAACAGGCACUGAACUGUGCUGAGGGUGAUGCCGUGGAGGGUGUGGGCCAGGUAGCCUUGCAGCAGAUGCUUCGAGACAUCAUCAACUUGCAUUGCCCAGCAGCUGAUGUGGGAGCAUUGGCAUUGGGAAGGUUGCCCAGCGGUACGCCCUCUAUGUCACUCCGACUCCAAACUCGGGACAUCCGUGCCACGCAUCGCUUGCGGGACGUCGUGCUCAGCAGCGAGCUGGAGGCUGCCAUGAAUGCGGAGUUGUCGAAGAACUUGCCAGAGCACCGUAGAUGGCAGCUGCAAGUCGUGAAGACGGAGUUCUUCAAGAUGUACGAGCGCAGCCUCCUAAGCCUCUCAGAGUUGACGCCACACCAGCGCGAGCGGCUCCAGGAAAUGGAAGCCCAGGACCAGGACAUACACCUCUCGGCCCCAGCUGGGGCGGGCAAGACUUUCGUAGCUGUGCAGCACGUGCUGAAUACGCUUCAGCAGGCCCCCGAAGGGAACAUUCUGUACGUAGCACCCUGCGCAUCUCUAUGCUUCUACUUCCUGCGCUGGCUGGCUACAAGGCAUGCAGGCCAUUUGACUCCAGAGCCUUGGCGAUCAAGUGUCCAGCAGCUGCUCUCGAGAGUUCACGUCCUACACAACCCUUUUGGCGACGAGAGUUCUUUGCUGACCCCGCAACUUCAAAACAAUCAGUUGGUCUUGGUACCGAACAUGGUUGAGAUGCCCCUCUACUCUCUGGUUGUGGUUGACGAAGCUCACGACGUCUUCCGCCAGGAUGCUGACAGCCAUGUCGUGGACAAGCUCGUGGGAACGGCCACGCGAAAAAUCCUGCUCUCCGACUUGUCUCAGUCAUCGGUGCUGGUCCAUGCCUUUCCCGACCUUUACCAGGUGUCGCUGACCGAGGUUGUGAGAAACACCAAACGAAUCGUGGCGGGUGCGGCAGCUUUCCAACUGGCGGGCGGGGAAGACUUGGCUUGUGUCGGCUCGGAUGGUCCGCCGUUGAAGUCCUUCCUCUUCGAGACGCCUAUCCACGAUGCGGUCUUUCACCACUAUGGCGAGCAUACCCUCAAGGCCGUUUCGCACGUGCUCAGCUCAUUCCCAUGUCUCAACCUGCAUGGGCGCAUGGCACUCUUGGUGCCGGACGCAGCGUUUCUGGAGAAGUUUCAGCCACACCUCCAAACAGCCCUUUCACAGAUUACGAACCGGAAGUUUCGAUUAACGUCCUUUGAGAGCUAUUUGAGCUGCCUACUGCCACCAGGGUCCGAUGAGGAAGCUGUGGAGGAGUCUCUUCUCCUUGACACGGUCGACAAUGCCAAGGGGCUGGAGCAUAUGAUCGCGGUGUGCAUAGGUCUGGAUGCCACAAUUUCAGGAACGAGUUCGGAUAUGGUGACGCGAGCUCUACUGUACCAGGGCCUCACACGAGCGCAGCUGAUGGCCAUCGUGGUGAACGAGUUAGUGGUGGGUGGUUGGCUGGAGUUUCUUGGAUUGCUCAAGUUUCAGGAGAAGCAGUUCGACGCAACCUCGGUGUUCCAAGAGGCCUCCAGCGACGCGGCCAUGAACGUCUUGAAGGAGGUUCUUGAAGCCCAUGGCGACCAGUCUGCUGAUAGCCCUGUGCAUGUUGAAGCGAGUGGCGAAGGUCCGGAUUCGGACAAAACGGAGUGGUGUGAUGCGCAGAUGCGGGCCGUGCCGGUCAGCGAGCGGGAGACGUCCGUGUGGGACACGGCCGGGAACCAGAUCCAGGCUCAGAUUCGCCAGCUCCGCUUCGACCCACUCCAGCCGGUCCGAAGUGCGAGUCCGACCCCAGCAGAUACAAGGGUAGACAGCGCAGGGCCCGCACACAGUGUAGGGCCGUUAUCGAUGAUAGGCCCCGGGGAAGAACACCUGCCUUAUCUCUGUGUAGGCCGUCAUAAGGACAGAGCCAUCCUGGCCGAUAUCAUUGCUCCGGAUGCAAAAAACUUGGAACAAGUGCGCGAGGUGGCAGUCAAGCUACUCCAAGCCUCCUCUCAGAAGUUGGGGCCUGGACAAAGAACGCGGCUGAAGUGGAACAAUGGAAGUGUUUGCUGUUUGAUGGAUGAGCAAGCCAAACUGACGUACCUGGUUGUUACUAGCAGCGUGACGUACCCAGAACGAGAAGCAUUCCAGCUUCUUUACGACUUCCGCGGCCUGAUCGAGAGAGAUGACUCUAACCUGGAAGCGGCUGAGCACUCUCUGACUAGCAGAUUUCGAGAGCAGAUGCAAGCCUUGCUGAUUCAGUAUGAGUCUAAGGCAUGA